AUGGGGUAUGGGGGUGAUCAGGAUGCUGGUAUGGGGUAUGGCUGUUAUCAGGAUGCUGGUAUAGGGUAUGGCGGUGAUCAAAAUGUUGGUAUAGGGUAUGACAGUGAUCAGAAUGCUGGUAUGGGGUAUGGCGGUGAUCAGGGCACUGGUAUGGUGUAUGUCAGUGAUCAGGAUGCUGGUAUGGGGUAUGGCGGUGAGCAGAGUGCUGGUAUGGGGUAUGGCGGUGAGCAGGGUGCUGGUAUGGGGUAUGACAGUGAUCAAAAUGCUGGUAUGGGGUAUGGCGGUGAUCAGGGCACUGGUAUGGUGUAUGGCAGUGAUCAGGAUGCUGGUAUGGGGUAUGGCGGGGAGCAGAGUGCUGGUAUGGGGUAUGGUGGUGAUCAGGAUGCUGGUAUGGGGUAUGGCGUGAUCAGGAUGCUGGUAUGGGGUAUGGCGGUGAGCAGGGUGCUGCUAUGGUGUAUGGCGGUGAUCAGGAUGCUGGUAUGGGGUAUGACAGUGAGCAGGGUGCUGGUAUGGGGUAUGACGUGAUCAGGGUGCUGGUAUAGGGUAUGGCAGUGAUCAGGGUGCUGGUAUGGUGUAUGGAGGUGAUCAGGGUGCUGGUAUUGCAUAUGGCAAUCAUCAGGACACUGGUAUGUUGGUAUUCAGGACAU